GAAGUCAAUCGUGAAUUUUUCAUCAUCUUCAAAGCUUCGCAUGAGUUUGUUUUUUCAAAGCGUCGUUGUUUGAAGUAUUAGUUGAACAGCUAGAUUUACUUUGUGUGUUUUAUCACUGGAGAGGAUGACCUGUCGUGUGGCUGACCGCCUGCCCGUGGCGUUACGAGGGGUAGGCGAGGCUGUGCGUCUCGAUAGCAAGACACGAAUGACGGAGGCGUAUGUCAAGUACAUGGCAUGCGUUAUUUACAUUGGGCAGGCAUUGAUUGAUGAUGCGGCGCGGCGGGAUCUCUGGGAGCUGAGUCUGCCGGAAACGAUGCGUUUCUUCAAGAUGGCCUCGCAGUGUCUGGAACGUGCGGCGGCCGUGGUAGAGAGCUCGCUGCGUCACUGCGACGCCGAGAAGGAGCAGCCCGCGUCGCCGGAUAUCACCGUGGACGUUGACGGCCAGAUUCUCGGCGACGAGCCCGAGCCGACGGAGCAGAACUGGGCGGAUGUGCCGCCACUCUCGGCCAUCCGGUCUGUGGGUGAGCAAAGCGGCCACUGCUCGCCAAUUGGCGACAAUGAGCGUGAUGGCAGCAUGUCGCCGCUGGAGCACGUUCCCAACGUCGAGUCCAUCUCCCACAUCUACUCUGCAUCACCGGACGGCCGUCAGCUGGCUGAGGCACUGCACAAGAACGAACAGCUGAUGCGAGCCUACCAGACACGCAUGAAGAAGAUCGCUGAUAACCGCGGCGGAGCAAGCAAAGCUCACCUACAAGUGAACUUCAUGCUGAUGCGGGACUGCCAGGAGAACAUUGCCAUAGCUCGAUCACGCCAAGAUGCUCUGCUGCAGAAGAUGAAGCUGCGGCAACAGCGAGACGCAGCCGACGGAUCAAAAUCACCCACGUCAGUCGUGCCCACCGGGAUUGGCGAGGAGAUCGUACUGGACCGGGAGCGGCUAUGCGCUGACAUUGAACACUUUGAGGAGACGCAAGCCUGGAGCAAAGAGCUACGCACCAAGAUAUUCUCACAUCCGGAAGAGACGCUGUACAUCAACGACUUCAUCAUCAAGGCACUCAGUACCGGUAAUCACCCGUUGAGUUCACUACUGGGCCAGUUUCAAUAUGAUAUCUACCAGCGAUUGCUGCCGCUAUCAAACCAACACAACAGAUCUAUUGAAGUAGACCUGCAGGCCAUCAACAACAAGCGUGCCAAGACCAUUGCCAUUCCGAAGACGCCGACCUCGCCCCAGCACCGUGCUGCGUCCGUCUCUACAUCAUGGCCCCACCACGGUAACCCGUCGCGUCAUCUCACCGGACGUGAUCAUGAUCAUGACAGCACUGAUGGCAUUGCUAGCACUGGCGUUGGCGGCGCUAGCAGCGCGGCAGCAGCAGAAGCAGCACAGCUCAGGCACUCUGUGUCGUCCACGCCACCGUCGCGAUCGUCUUCACCGCCGCCUACGCAGCAUCGAGGUCACCGACGAAACGUGUCGUCGGGCGGCCGUCUCGAGAAUGUCGUUCCGGACCUGAACAACUUGGUACUGCCACCCACCAGCAGACGGCGACAGAAGGUCUCGCUUCUUAAGAAGCCCACGCAACUGCAUCCGCUGAUGAACAGCGAGAGUCCAUCCGACGUGGAAGAGGAUGUCAGCGACGAAGACACAUUCCCCGUUGUCAGUCCGCAGCAGCUGCUAGCUCGCUCGCUGACGACAGCGAAACAGUCCACGACCUUGCCGCCGCCGAGUGCCGAACGAGUGCGAGGCCUCUUCUCGUCCUGGUGUACGCCGGAGGAGCUGGAGGCGGCUGAGUCCACGCACAUCCAACUGCAGUGUGUCACCACACUCAUACAUUCCUACAUCGACCAGCUUGAGGGGUGCUUUAUGCGGGCAUACCCGGAGAUGUCCACACCGGCAGGACGCGAUCAGUGCCGAGCAUCGAUCGAGCUGCGUUUCUUCCCUCCUCUCUGGUCACUUCUGCUGGCUGCCUUUAGGGAAGCCAACUAUCCACAAGAGAAGACCUUGGCAGGGAGUAUGACAACGAAUUACUGCUUGUCAACGAAGGAAAUGCAAAUUCAGGAGAAGUUCAGCCUUACGGAUCAGGCGGAGGCGGACGCACAGCCCUACUUGAUGGCCGUCGAGCAGCUGCAGCGCAUCACCAAGCUCUAUUGUCCGCUGGAGAAGCUAGAGUGUGUGGUCAAUGUGUCCCGUUCGAUCUGCGAGUGCGUUGAAGAGUACUGGCGACACAAGCGAGGUAGACAAGUCGCUGCCAAGUAUGCCACCAUUGGUUGUGAUGAUCUACUGCCAAUUUUGGGUUAUGUCGUCGUUCGAUCAGCACUACCCCAACUCGUCAGUGAGUGCUGCGCUAUGGAAGAGUUCAUCCAUGAGGGCUAUCUGAUGGGAGAAGAGGGAUACUGUCUGACGACGCUGCAGACAGCUCUUACAUAUGUCACGUGUCUGGCUGGCGAGAAGCCUCCCGUCCGGAAGCCAUCACAGUCAGCAGCAUCCUUGCUGAGAUAGCAGCCACUGUCAGGAGUGCAGUCCGGACUAGGAGUCACUCAUGCAAUUGCGGGUAACUAAGUAGCCAGGGACUUGGCUCCUGUGCUCACUGCUGCCACCUGCUACUGCUGCUGUCACUACUGCUGCUGUCACUACUGCUGCUGCUGUUGCUCUUGCAAACCAAGCAGCUAGCUAGCUUAGCACGGCUUGCGAGUGCGAAUCGUAAAUGUAAUGUACACACCAAUUAGUAGGAGGGCGCACAUCUGCUUGAAGUAAUCAGUUGCGCUCGUGCAGGACGUUGUUGCAACAGAACUUAGUUCCUGUCGUGUAGCAAGGCUGCGCACGUUAGCUGCUGCGUAGGCCACGUAACUGAGCAUCUGAUCGGGCUGGUGUGAGUAACGUUGGAUGACUCUCCGCACAUAGUACCCUUCCAGUAGCUGUGCCGCACUGGCAACUGCACCGCUCUUCGUGUUUGCUUUCGGCGUGGCACGUCUCCAGUGUCGAGUACGUUGUACCACUGGGCAUACCCACAUGCUGGUCUCACGCUGUCCACCGACACGAGCGUUCACACGAAUGAGCCGUGAAAUAAGUAGUUUUUUUCCUGAGUGAGGUCGUGCUGUAGCUGCCGCUUACAUGUUUGCACCAGUAUUAAACCAACGUUAUUCAUGCACAUCACAGACCUUGACUGGGUGAAGCCUGUACCCCACGAAAUCAGGAUCACUUUACAUUUUUUUAGCGCUGGCGCAACGAUCUUUUAAAACUCCAUAAGUAGCCAUGACCUUGCAGUGCCCUUGUCCUGGGCCAUUUUAUCUAUUGCAUCCUGGACUAUAUUGAUCAAAGUUGUCGGCUGGCCACCCGUAAUUUCACAACUGUUUCGUAUUCAGUUUUUGAAAGUGAAUAUGUCUUUUUCCAGCGUUAGCUGGCUGAGCGUUGUGCCCCCGCGUGCAAUUCUGCGGAGUUUUCUUGUGUGCUGAGAUGCAGCGUACUCGGCGCCUCUAUCUACACUGCUACUCAAUGAUAUCCGAUCAAGUGAGGCAGCUUUGCAGUUUGCA